AUGCUGCUCUUGGUAGCACUGGGCAUAGUUUUUUCUUCCAUUGUGGUCACCACUGAGAGGGUUGAGAAAACCAGCCACAAACCACCAGCACUGCUGCUCAACUACAGCAGGAUCUCCCUCCCGCCAGAGCACGUAUCCUAUUUCCUCUACAACAACAAGAGGGUCGCCAAGCAAUGCCGCCUGGACCCACUCUGCCCUUUUAAAGAUGCACUGGAGGAUUUGUCUGCCUGUUGGGGUUAUGAGAAGAACUGUGAUCCUGAGAAGCGCUUCAGCUAUCCUGUCUGUACCAAAGCUGACUCUGGAUGGGCUCGUUCACUGGAUGCAGCCCAGGAGGUUUUCUGGAAGCAGGCUGAUUUUGGCUACGUCAAGGAACGCCUCACUGAGCUCAAAACACUCUGCAAGGCCACCAAGCCAGGGGACUCAUCAUUAAGAUGCAGUAGCCACACUCGAUUCUGUAAGGCAACUAACCUUUACCUGGACUUACGGAAGCUGCGCAGAGGUCAUGAGAGAUACAAGGAAGACUUCCUCCAGAGGGGUGAGAUUGGUGGUCGUUGCAGACUCAACCAGCAAGCGCUUGCUGCUGAGGGAGAGCACAAGAGCCCCUUGCAGUCUUGGUAUGCAGAGCUCCAGACGUACACAGAGUUGGACUUUCAUCCCAUACAGGAUGGACACUGUGACGUCAUAAUUGAAAAACCCACUGUUUUCAUGAAACUGGAUGCUGGUGUCAACAUGUACCACCAUUUCUGUGACUUUGUCAACCUCUACAUCUCCCAACACAUUAAUAACUCCUUCAGCUCAGAUACCAAUAUUAUCAUGUGGGACACGAGUGUUUAUGGUUAUGGAGAUCUGUUCAGUGAAACGUGGAAAGCCUUCUCAGAUUAUGACAUCAUCCACCUAAAGACCUAUGACUCAAAAAGGGUAUGUUUCAAAGAUGCCUUCUUCUCCCUUCUCCCAAGAAUGAGAUACGGCCUCUUUUACAACACGCCUCUCAUUUCGGAUUGCUACAGUGAAGGGAUGUUUAGGGCGUUCUCUCAACAUAUCAUCCAUCGGCUGAACAUCCCACAGGAAAGACCAAAGGAGGGGCGUGUUCGUGUCACCCUGCUGGCACGCAGCACAGAAUACAGAAGGAUAUUAAACCAAGUGGAGCUUGUAAAUGCCCUCAAGACCGUGCCACUGCUGGAGGUCAAUGUGGUGGACUACAAAUACAAGGAUGUUCCCUUCUUGGAGCAGCUGAGGAUCACCCACAACUCUGACAUCUUCAUAGGGAUGCACGGGGCGGGUCUUACACACCUCCUCUUCCUCCCCGACUGGGCUGUCAUCUUUGAGCUAUAUAAUUGUCAGGAUGAGAGCUGCUAUCAAGAUUUGGCUCGGCUGCGGGGCAUUCGAUAUGUGACUUGGCAGACAAUGGACAAAGUGCUCCCACAGGACAAGGGUCACCAUCCCACCCUUGGGGACCAUCCAAAGUUUACCAACUACUCCUUUGACGUGGGGGAGUUCAUGCGCCUUGUGCUGGACGCAGCCGAUUACGUCACACACCAUCCCAAAUGGCAGCGUCGUAUCCUUCAUGAGGAACUCUAAAAUCUCUUGGAGUGGGAAUCGUGUGCAGACAUCUGGCUACUGAAGAACCUUUAAAUCAUACACAUUUGGCUACAAACAUCGUGACAUCUUGACAUUUGCAGUGUACACUUUGUGACUAUUUUAAAGUUAUCUCACACACCAGUGGACCUCUGUCACAGUAUUUGUCACUUCCCGUCUGCUGCUUUGAUAGGUCUGGAUGAGUGAAAGCAGUUUGGGUUUGAAUAGCUUCCAUCAGCUCUGUUGGUGUAAAAUCAGUUAAAGGACGAGCUGUGUGCAGUGGUAACAUCUGGAGACUGAUAAGAUGCGUCCUAUGUUUCUUCAUUACGUCUGCUGUGUCUGCUUCAUUCUGUGCAGACAAAGUUAGCUAAUGAGCAGCUGUUACGGCAUCUCUUCACAUCCGACAUCU